GGUACCUGUACAGUACAUACGCACUGUAAUCUAAUUACUAUUACAGUAGAUUCAUCCCACCUUAGUCAUCAUCAAUGAGCCUCUGCACAGAUUAGUCAUUCCUAUAUCGGGGUUAUGCUACUAAUACACUAUUAGCAUAUCCGUAGCCCACCACCCCCCAGCUCUCGACAACCCACCUGGGCAUUGUCUACCAUCGUCAAGACCGCGUUAAGGGUACUGCUAUUGUCAUAUCGGUCUAUUUCCAAUUUCUUUUCUCUUUAUAUACCCCAUUUGUUUCAACAAAAUCUCGAGCUCUCUUGUCCAAAUAAUGGGCCCUGCUCGUGUCGCAGUACCCAAGCCCGGGCCAGCUAAAUUGACCCCAGGCGCCGGGCUGGACGAGUGGCUCGAGGAAGCGAAACAAUGCCAUUAUCUACCCGAGCCUGUCAUGAAGGAGCUCUGUGAGAUCGUUAAGGAAGUUCUUAUGGAAGAAUCCAACAUCCAACCGGUAGUGACCCCAGUGACCAUCUGCGGUGAUAUUCACGGCCAGUUCUACGACCUGUUAGAGCUGUUCCGCGUCAGCGGAGGCAUGCCCGGACAGCCCGCCACCGAAGCGCCCGCGACGGCAACAACCGUAAUCACCUCAGACGACAUCGAACCCCCCGAAAUAACAAACCCGAAGCUAAAGAAGAAGAUAAAGCAAACCAAAAAGCCCGAGAACGCAGAUACAACCUGGGAGAGCUCAGGUACCGCCGAAGAGGACGAAGAGGACGCUACUGAGAUUGCGAACUCUUCCAAUCCUACGUCAGGCGAGGUCGCGGCCGCCACAAACGCAGAUACCCGCUUCGUCUUCCUGGGCGAUUUCGUAGAUCGGGGAUACUUCAGUCUUGAAACAUUCACAUUACUUAUGUGCUUAAAAGCCAAAUACCCUGACCGUAUCAUCCUUGUCCGUGGCAACCACGAGUCUAGGCAGAUCACGCAAGUAUAUGGAUUCUAUGAAGAAUGCCAACAGAAAUAUGGCAACGCGUCGGUGUGGAAGGCAUGUUGCCAGGUUUUUGAUUUCUUAGUGCUCGCUGCGAUCGUCGACGGCGAGAUACUCUGCGUCCAUGGAGGUCUUAGCCCUGAGAUCCGCACUAUCGACCAGAUUCGAGUCGUUGCUCGUGCCCAGGAAAUUCCUCAUGAAGGCGCUUUUUGCGACCUUGUCUGGAGUGAUCCCGAGGAUGUAGAGACGUGGGCUAUCAGUCCUCGAGGCGCUGGGUGGUUAUUUGGGGACAAAGUCGCAACCGAGUUCAACCAUGUUAAUGGACUCAAGCUUAUUGCUCGUGCGCAUCAAUUAGUGAACGAGGGAUAUAAGUACCACUUCCCUCAAAACUCAGUCGUAACAGUUUGGUCGGCGCCAAACUACUGUUACCGCUGUGGCAAUGUUGCCUCAAUUAUGACGGUGGACAAGAACCUAGACCCUAAAUUUUGUAUCUUCUCGGCUGUCCCGGACGACAUGCGACACGUGCCAGCGGGACGGCGCGGGCCAUCAGACUAUUUCCUUUGAAGAGCAGAAGGGGACGUUGUUGUACUUGUGAUUCCGUCAUGAGCUGGAUGAUACCAUUAAGGCGUUUGGAUGGCAGUGAUACAAUGAUGACACAACCAAAGGCAAUCGAUUGCCUUGCAACGAUGCAUAUAGAAGGGAUUAAACGGGAUUGCGUCUACGAUGAUGCACAAGUGGCAUUUUUUAUCUUCAACGAAUUUUCGAGGACACCCAGGACGGUUCCUGUUUGUAUAUUACGUAAACGACGCAGUCUUCCAGUCGGCACUGCAUAUUCUAAGGUUUUCUAUAUGACCUGUAUUAAUUCGUGUCAAAUCCGGACGUUCAAUUAUAAAUAUAUAUACAGCCACCAAUAAUCUUUAGUUGAUGGGGGGCUACCUACGGUAGGUAGGU